GAUUUGAUUAUAUCAUUUAUAUUAAUAAUAGAAUUCAUUUUAAAAUUUAGAUAGAUAUUGGAAAUUCAAAUACGUGGUAAAUAAUUUAAUUUUUACAUGUAUUAUCCGGAGUAUCUUCCUCAACGAAGUAGCAUUUAGUACGCAAGCAAAUCCGACAGGGUACCAUAUAAAUGGGAACGAAAGUCACGUUCCCCACUCUCACACCUUGAUCACGGUCUAUUUCCAUUUGUAUUUAUGUAAAAGUUGAAGUGUAGGAAGAUGACCGUUAUGGUGUUGCAAAGUACGAUUACUUUACGUAAACAAUUAAUACAAACAUCAAAUUAAUCUGGUAUUCGAUUGUCAGAAAAUGUUAAAAUCACAAUCCAUAUACUGUAACCUACAAAAAAAUACAUUUUUCAAUAUGGUUAAAGUUUUUAUACUUAAUUAACUAAUAUUUUUUUUAUAAUUUACAUAUAAAAAGAAUUAUACGUGUUUAGCCAUUUGUUAAAAAAACAUUCAUCUAAAAUGGUAAAAUUAACUGAAGAAAUGGUCAUAGCACGAUCACGAACAUCUGAUUUGACAGAAGUCAAAAAAUUAAAUUGUUGGGGUUCUGAAUUAACAGAUGUUAGUAUCCUACGAGAAUUAAAAAAAGUUGAGGUUUUAUCAUUGAGUGUCAAUAAAAUAAGCAGUUUAGCGGAUUUCCAGUUUUGUUUAAAUCUUAAAGAGCUUUUUGUAAGAAAAAAUAAUAUAACUGAUUUAAAUGAAAUAUGUUAUCUUCAAAACUUGCCAAAUCUUCGUCAUUUAUGGCUUGCAGAAAAUCCUUGUGCUGAACAGAAGGAGUAUCGUUUAACGGUAAUCAAAGCUUUACCAAAUUUAGAAAAAUUGGAUGGUUCAUUUGUAGAUGCUGAGGAAGCAAAUUUUGCAUUAUCAAAUGGAAAAACUCUGUAUAAUCCUCUUGAAAUAAAUGGAUCUUCAGUUCAGUCUAUGUUGGCUAGUUCAGAGGAUGUAGCUGAAAUUCCAGAAGAUGCUGAACCUGAACAAAACCGUAGUUCUAGCUCUUCUAGUGAUCAGAGGAGUUACGAUGAUUAUCAAAAAGUCAAUCAAGAAUAUCAUGACGUAGAUCGUCGAAAUGCAAAUCAUAAUGUUAAAUUAACGCAUCAGCAUUCUCAUGACAACCACCUCAGUUAUGAAUUCCAAAAUGGACAAGCUCAAAAUUUAACAAAAGAUAAUGGAAUAAAAAAUAUUCCACACAUAAAUGGAGAUAAUUCACUAAUUAAUAGGUCUAUUAUAUUAAAGGAACAUGAAAAUAACAAACCGGUAUUUGUACCUGUAUAUGUACGACAUUAUGGUACGAAUCCUAAAGAAAGCCGGAACAGUCGGGAAUAUGAACGUAUGAGUUGUCAGCCUAAUCAACGAUAUCAACAGCUACAAUCUCCACCAAGGUCAGCCUACUCUACAAUUGAAUACCAAGAUGAGAAGCGAUUUUCUGAUCGAAAUAGUUAUGAAUAUGAAGAUAAAUCUCAUAAUCAUAUAGAUAAUGAAGAGUCAUAUUAUCCUCCUCAACCACGACGGUCAUCGUCUUAUCAGAAUAGUGAAAAGGAAGAUCACAGAGAAAGAGAUAUGUCGAGAUGUAUGAGGCAUUUAGAAAAAGAUAAAUGUCAUUUUCAUUAUAACAGAAGACCUGUAACAAGAAAUUCCAACAUAUUAUCAGCCGUUUUGUGCCUAGUGAAAGAAUUAGAUUUUCCGAGUCUAGAAGUUGUUGAGAUGGCCGUUCGAAAUAGAAUGGAUGAGUUAGAUGAAUAAAUACGAAAUUAAACUAUCCAUAAUUUCAUUCAUUUGAAUAAUUCAAUAUAAGUAAUAUAAUUUAUUAAAAUUAUCAUUUUAGUUUAAUUUACAAUAGUUUGAAAAGAAAUAAUGAAAUAUUCAAUAAAUUUUGACUCUUAUAUUCAAAGGUUAAGUAUAUAAUGCAAUUAUUAUAAAUAAAAAGUAUUUGAAACAUGA